CCAAGAGUUUUUUCUUUCUGUCUAAAAACGUUCUUUUAUUUUUAACUUAGUAAAAUUAUGAAACCAACAAAAAAACGUAUCGCAGUAAACUACAGUUGGCUGCAACUGUCUUUUUUGUUAUCAUUUACUUCAGAAGUAUCAUUACUGCAACAUUUGCUUCAAUAAAAUCUGCAAAUAAAAACCGAAAUGUUUAUGUUGACCCAUUUAAAAUUAUUUUUUUAAUGGGCUACAACUUAGAAUAUCAAAGAUAUCAUUGUGGAGGCAAGAUGAAAAUCCAGAGAAUGCUGUAAACGAUUUUAUUUAGCACACAAUUCUAAAAGUAAUGAUACAAUAUGACAGAUUCAGUGCUAUAUGAACAAAAAAAGGAAUCAAAUAUUGUAAUAAUGGACAUCCGAUACUUGUUGGACCUCCAGUAGAAUAUCAGUAGGCCUACAAAGUACAAAUGCAAAAAAGAUGCCUUCCAUCUCUUUUAGUCUUGGCAUAAAUAAAAACCUUGAUGUAAAAAGGGUUUUAGGAAAUUCCUUUGUAAUUUAUUUUAAUGGGCUAUCUGUAAAUACUAAAAUUAGAAACAGCAACUUUAUUAUUUUGUUUUCCUGGUUCUAUAAGGUUUCAGACUGCAUUACACUGGCACCGACCCCAACCACCAGGAGCAAUGAGGGGUUCAGUGUCCUGCCCAAGGACACUUCAACAGAUGGACAAGCAAGGCGGAAUAAAAAUAUUCCAAUCAGAGGUCGACAGCCCCACCUCUGCACUACAGUCACGCUUAUUUAAGUUAAUAAUAAACUGUUAAUAAUAAACUCAAAUUAUGCUUGUUUUUUUAGUUUUAAACAUUUCUUUGUGAUUAGGUGAGAAAAAACUGCAAACAAAAAUGUCUGUCUUCAACGAAACUGCAUACUGAGCACACUGAUCACUUCCACCCUGCUACCACUAGAUGGCAGGAAAGGCUUAAAAAGCAUGAUGUAUACUUUGUUGCUUUUUUAUUGUCAAAUUAAAUGAACAUUUUAGUUGGUUUACAUUCAAAAUAUGGUCUUUUGCGAUGAUGUAUUGUUCAUAUUUAGCAGUUUUGAUUACUUUAUCUGUAAAUGAUUAUCUGCAAAAUGUGGAUCUGUAGGAGCCCUAUAUUUAAAAUAUAAUCUAACAAUCAGAUUCAUUUUAAUAUCAAACAUUAAAAAAUCAAAUAUUAAACCAAGUUUCAUCAGACUGGUUUAAUGAUUACUCACAGGACUUAGCUUGGUUGAGAUUUUAUAUUUGUAUAUAAGUAUGUUUUUGCUGACCCAAAAAUGCAGUUUAGACAUAUGCUUAUUAGUAUGAAAAUUGGUCUGUAAAUAGAAGAUCAGAUAUUAUUCACGAUGGAAAUAUAAAUACACAGAUACUUUUAAACAUGGAAAAGCAAAAGCCUGACAUGGAUAGGCAGGCAGGGAACGAUGGUGUAAGCUUAGAACUCGAUGGCUCUGUCUUAGAUUACACUUACUCCAUUUUUACUCCACAGCAGUUAUGCUCCUCGGGUCUCUUCUCAAUGCAACAUAGGGAAUUCAUGAAUAUUUCAGUGGUUUAUAUCUUCUGGACCGCCAUAAAACUCAAUUGGUUAAAGUGGCGGAUAGGGAGAGAUGAUAAAGAUUGUGAUGUGUAAAAUUGAGGGACAGUGUCUGAAAAAACCCCAGCUACCCCUGCCCCUACUCACCAGGAAUGAAUGAGUUAUGAGAUGGAGAGGAGUUCUCGGAGGCUUGUUCAGUUCAGCUGGAGACAGAUGGGAGAUCACAAUGCCUCAGGACUGAAAUCUGGACUCUACUCUUUCACCAGCUCCUGGAUGCAUCCUUUGGAGAUGAAUCGAGUUAAGUCUCGCUAAAUUUUUGCACACUUCCCUCACUUCUUCUUAUCCGAAAGGUGGAGAAGUCCUUGUCAACUUUCAGGGACAUUUGGCACCCCUGGCUGGUGGAGCCAAGACCCAGUGCCACAAAUUAAGAAAAUGAGGAACAGCCUUUAGUGGAUGUUUGUUCCGUUCCUAGGAUCAACUUGUCUGCAAUAGGGAUCGUUUGGGGAUUUAAAAAAAAAAAAGUUUUAUUACGCAAAAAGAAACCAGAGGAAAAAAUGCCUUUUGGUUUAGGAAGCUUGAAAGAACAGGUGUUCAAACCUGGGAAGGAGGAGGUGAAGAACUCGGUUGGGGAUUCUCUGGGAAAGCUGCAGAGAAAAAUUGAUGGUAGCAAUGUUGAGAACGAGGACAACUUUGAGCUGACAGAGGAUGGUCGUCCCGUGGCGUCAGCUCCACGUCCGGCGCCCCUGCUGGACUGCAGCUGUGGCGGCCUGCCUAAGCGCUACAUCAUUGCCAUCCUCAGCGGUCUGGGCUUUUGCAUCUCUUUUGGCAUUCGAUGCAACCUUGGUGUGGCCAUUGUGGAGAUGGUGAACAACAACACUGUGUACAUUAAUGGGACUCCUGUGCUUCAGAGAGCUCAGUUUAACUGGGACCCGGAGACCGUGGGGCUGAUCCACGGCUCCUUCUUCUGGGGCUACAUUGUUACUCAAAUCCCCGGAGGAUUCAUAGCAAACAAGCUGUCUGCAAACAGGGUCUUUGGAGCUGCCAUUUUCCUGACAUCAGUGCUGAAUAUGUUCAUCCCAUCAGCAGCAAGGGUGCACUAUGGCUGCGUCUUGUUCGUUCGCAUCCUGCAGGGCUUGGUAGAGGGUGUCACCUACCCAGCAUGCCAUGGGCUAUGGGCUAAAUGGGCGCCUCCGCUUGAACGGAGCCGACUGGCCACUACAUCUUUCUGUGGAUCCUACGCAGGCGCAGUGAUCGCCAUGCCUCUGGCUGGAGUGCUCGUUCAGUAUGUCGGCUGGCCAUCAGUCUUCUAUAUUUAUGGUGUUUUUGGGAUCAUGUGGUAUGUGAUGUGGCUGUUGUUGGCCUAUGGAAGUCCUGCUGACCAUCCCACGAUCACAGAGGAGGAGAGGCUGUACAUCGAGGCCGCCAUUGGUGAGACGGUCAACCAACUGAGUGUAACUGAGAAAUUCAGAACUCCAUGGCGUCGAUUUUUUACCUCCAUGCCUGUGUAUGCAAUCAUCGUGGCAAACUUCUGCCGCAGCUGGACCUUUUACCUGCUACUCAUCAGCCAGCCGGCAUAUUUUGAGGAAGUGUUCGGCUUCCCCAUUAGCAAGGUGGGGCUCCUGUCUGCUGUUCCCCACAUGGUCAUGACCAUUGUUGUUCCCAUUGGCGGACAGCUGGCAGACUUCCUGCGCAGUAAGAAGAUCAUGUCAACCACAAAUGUGAGGAAGCUCAUGAACUGUGGAGGUUUCGGGAUGGAGGCCACUUUGCUGUUGGUGGUUGGAUUCUCCCACACUCGAGGGGUCGCCAUUUCUUUCCUGGUGCUGGCUGUGGGCUUUAGUGGCUUCGCUAUUUCAGGUUUCAAUGUCAACCAUCUGGACAUUGCUCCUCGCUAUGCCAGCAUUUUGAUGGGAAUUUCUAACGGAGUGGGAACUCUUUCUGGAAUGGUGUGUCCCUUGAUUGUUGGAGCUUUGACUAAAAACAAGACUCGUCUGGAGUGGCAGCAUGUCUUUGUUAUUGCCUCCAUGGUGCAUUACUCAGGGGUCAUCUUCUACGCAAUCUUUGCUUCAGGAGAGCAGCAGGACUGGGCCAAUCCCGAGAGCUUGAGCGAGGAUAAGUGCGGCAUUAUUGAUGAAGACGAGCUGGCCGAAGAGUCGGAGCUCAACAUGGAGAAUGCGUUGGCUCCCAAAAGGAGUUAUGGAACAACAGACAAUUCAUCUGGUAGAAAACUGGGCUGGAAAAAGAAGAGAGGGGUGACUAUGCAGGAAGAAGAGGAACAUUAUGAGAAUGGGGACUUCCAGAACCAGUACCAGUGAGACAGAACAACAACCACAUUGGACUUAAGAAACGUAAAAAAAAAAUGUCAAAGUUAGGAUCCUGUGGAAAGUAAAAGAAAAAGUAGCAGCAGCAUAGGUGCAGCCAAGUUUUCGUCUUUGAUCAAUUCAGCUGUAAGAUGAAAAACUCACAGAAAAAUAUAAAAAUGUAACUAAACAUGAUAAUACUACUAUUAAAUUACCUCUGGAGAAAAAGAAUAAAUCACCAACUAGAACAUAUGAAGAACAAAAGCUGAACGAUAAUUGUUUGUUCACUUAUACAAGUAAUAAAGCAGAAACUUUCAUCAACAUUGAUAGACUGACCUGUACUAAACAUGAGAAACACAUAUCAACUUGUAUAUUAUUUAUCAAUGUGAAGGAAAUGUCUUUUUUCUUUGUCAGCUAUGCAACAUAAAAGAGCAUAACAUGAAUGAGUGUAAAUGUUGGGAUCCUUGGCUGCCUUUGUUGCUCCUGUGUAUUUGCUGUAACUGAACGAUUGCCCUCUGACUGUUGUCCUUCAAUGCGUCUUGCUUCUUCAGUUGUUUGUGAUCCAGUUGGAUGUUAGCUUUAUCAUGUUUUGAGCUCAGAAACACAACUAAAUGAAUGCAGAGCUCAGAAUCUGAACUUUUCUCUGUGAUUCCCAAAAUUCCAUAAUCAUGCAUAGUUGCGUUAUAAAAGAAACCAAAAAAUUUGCACUCCCUGUUUAUUAAGAUAAGAAAAACUGUUUUGUAUGGUGAAAUAUCCUCUCAAUGUCUUUUGAGAGCAUUAAUUUGCACAUAAACCCACCAGACAUUUAAUAAACCACAUUAAAAUACAGCAUUGAUAUUGUGAAAAGACUGAAACUUCAUGAGGAUUUUUUUUAAAUCAUCUUUUGAUCUAUUUAUAAAUCAUUCCUGGUCUUUUAAUUAUGAUCAUGCUGUCUUUUGGCCUAAUAGGGCAUAUUAACAUGUUUCAUGUAGGACAUAGUUUCUGCAGAGCAGCAGUAGUUCAUUAGAAAUUCACCUUUGAAAUGUGAGUGGGACCACUGGCAUGGAGCAAACCCACUCCCACUUUCCCUCCUCGUUGCUGAGAGCUUGAAGUUUAUGCAUAUGCCCCAACCCUGCACAUUUUCUAUGUCACAAAUACAUUUUCCUUUAAAUGGCAUUUUUUGUCCGCUCCUAAUUCUCAACAAUUUAAAUAAUUGAGAUCAAUUUUCUUCUUAUACAAUCUGAAAAAUGCCACAAAAACCUGUUGAAAAUACCAAUAACAAAGUGUUACAGUCUCAUUUGGAGCCAUAACCAUGUUUAGUUACUGAAAAUAAGUGGGUUUUUUUCAUGGCUGUGUAAAACUGAGAAAAGUAGAACUAUGAUAAAAUGAUAAUAUUACAUCAAAAGCUGUGAAAAUCAAAAAUCGUGGGUUUGAUCAAUAUAAAUUAUAAAAACUGGACUGAGUGACCCCUCCCCUCUAACAUUUCCAAAUAGGAAGUACCCACUCAUCCCAAGAAGCCCAAAAUCACACAACUUUAAUUUGAGAAAUAAACAGCUUAGUCAUUAAGAAUAAUCUAUAUUGCUCUACUUCCUGUUUUAACAUGUUGUGGCUAAUCCUAAUCUUUUUUUUUUAUGAAAUUAUUUCUGAAGUGAAAGUUAUUUAAGUUUUAAACCGACCAAUCAGAUGCCUCAAUAAAUGAAAGUAGUCUCACAUUUGAAAUGUUUUAUUGACAGAUUCUCCCGAACCUGCUUGUAGUGGAAUGGAUGUGAACUUCCAACAAACUACCUCCUGAUUGGCAAGAGUGGUUGCCAUAGAAACAUUGACUCGGCCUGACUCUGACCAAUCACUGCUUACUGACGUCGUCUGGCUCCAACAUGAUGGCGUCUGUAUGGAAAAAAAAUGGCGAUCGAUUUGACUUCACUUGGUUGGAGCCAGAAGCUUCUAAGCACAACGUCACACUCAGUCACUCCAGUUCUCUUAUACAGUCUGUGGUAUAGCCCAAAUAAAUAAAAACAUCAGUUUUCAGAUGCGAGAUUUUGUGAGCAGUAUUCCCAGUAUCCUCCGAUCUGAGCUCCUGUGGGGAGAAUCAUGAAGUUUGGCAUAUUUUGUAUUUUUCAUUUCUCUCCGUAUAGCCCAUAAUCUUACAGGCAGUCCGUGGCACUUGUUCAUAUCAGUGCGGUGACAUGAGACAUUUUAAACAUUUCAAGGAUGAGUCUGCUUCUCGUCACAUUCUAAACAUCCUUUUGUGUUAUCUGUCCUAGCUUCAUAAUUACUGGACAGGAUAUUUCUGUCCGGAGUCAGAUGCUCCAGCACGAACUAAUCCUGCCUAAAAACGUUCUUCAGAAAGAUUUUUGUGGUUUGGCAGCUAGAAGGUCCAAUGAUUAUUCCCUUUCACAUGGCGAUAAGAGAUUUCAAGGUUAUGGACUUUGUUGUCCUUGUAGUAUUCCAAAGUUCUGCUGAGCGUGUAGGCAGUUGUGUUCAUUUCCACGAUGUGUUUGACUCACAACAAUAAAUCUGUACAAAAUCAA